AUGUGGCUACAUAGCUCCAAAGUUUGUACUAGUGGUGGUCGCUCUCGAAUUGCUCUGCGUCUCUAUCACCCCAAAUGCGCGACUCUACCCGCAACUAUUUGUGAGAAAACUGGAGACAACCACGUCUUUACAUUGGAUCGCCAACGCGCGUGGCGCCAUCUGCUAGCCCGUCCAAACCACACAUUGGUGAAGCUCAGACCGGCUGGUCACUUUGAUCUUGUGGAUGAAUUCCAGAUUGGGCUGGUCCAGGGCUCCCCAGUGAGCAUUGGCUAUCAGCUGGUUUUGGAAAGAAAUGCCCUCCUCCGUGUGACUCUCCCCGGAGCUGUCCUAUGGCUGUUGCGGAGAGAUUACCAACCCCGAUUCGUGAAUCGUGAUGAUGGAGAGAUUGGAGAAGUUCAUAGAGAGAGACGCACUUGCAAAGUUGCACCUCCUGUCAGUCAAUGGACGGGGAUUCCCAGGGUCCUUGCAGAAACAGCUCUGACUGUGGAAGAGUUCUUUUGUGCUAGACCAUUUAUUCGAGGCUCUCUAAGAGGAAUCACUUGGACACAACUAGCGAUUAAAUGGGCUCUCAAUGGGAAGCUACCUUUCAGACUGCCGGAGGGUUCCAACUCGGUUCAAAGCUUCCAGUAA